UCCUCGCUCCCCCCCCCACCUCCUCUCCUUGUCUCUACAGAGAAAAGGUGCCGCGCAGGUUCCGCUUCGGUUCGUCAUUCAGCCGCCCCGGCCUCCUUGCCGAGGGCCGACGCCGCUCCCCUCCCCCUCCUUCCCUUUCCCCCCUCCCUUCCCUUCCUUCCGUCGGUCCGUCAGUUGGGGUUGGGAGCGGGCCCAAGCCUCGUCCCCCUCGCGACGAGCGUCUCGGAGCGGGACGGGUCCCGGCCUCCCUCCUCAUUCCCCGUCCGGCGUGAGAGAGCCCGGGGAGCGGCCUCUAUACCUCCGCGCGCGCACACACACACAGACAUUACCCGGCCGCCGCCUCCGAAGCCAUGGCGGCGAGCGCCAAGCGGAAGCAGGAGGAGAAGCACCUGAAGCUGCUGAGGGAGAUGAGCAGCCUCCCGCCCAACCGCAAGUGCUUCGACUGCGACCAGCGCGGCCCCACCUACACCGACAUGACGGUGGGCAGCUUCGUGUGUACCUCCUGCUCCGGCAUCCUACGAGGUUUAAAUCCACCUCACAGAGUGAAGUCCAUUUCCAUGACUACAUUCACACAGCAAGAAAUAGAAUUUCUGCAGAAACAUGGGAAUGAAGUGUGUAAACAGAUUUGGCUAGGAUUAUUUGAUGAUAGAUCAUCAGCAAUUCCAGACUUCAGGGAUCCUCAAAAGGUCAAGGAAUUCUUACAAGAAAAAUAUGAAAAGAAAAGAUGGUAUGUUCCACCAGAACAAGCAAAAGUUGUGGCAUCUGUCCAUGCAUCUAUAUCUGGCUCCUCUGCUAGUAGUACAAGUAGUACUCCAGAAGUCAAGCCACUUAAAUCUCUUCUCGGAGAGUCUGCACCGGCACUGCACUUAAAUAAGAGCACACCUACACAAUCUCCUGUUGUAAAUCGAUCUCAAGGACAGUCACAAGAAAAGAAACAGUUUGAUCUUCUCUCUGACCUUGGUUCAGACAUAUUUGCUGCUCCUGCUCCUCAUUCCACAGCCACAGCGAAUUUUGCUAAUUUUGCACAUUUCAACAGUCAUACAGCGCAGAACUCUGCAAAUGCAGGUUUUGCAAACUUUGAUGCAUUUGGACAGUCUAGUGGUUCGAGUAAUUUUGGUGGUUUCCCCACAGCAAGUCAGUCUGCUUUUCAGCACCAAAAUACAGCGUUCAGAACGCUUUCAUCUAGCUGCAGUUUUGGUGAAUUUACUACUUCCGCUUUCCCUCUCCAGGCUGUGCGCAGUAAGUUCCACCAAGGUGGGAGCGCUGGAUCAGUGAAUGCUAACUUUGCACACUUUGAUAACUUCCCCAAAUCCUCCAGUGCUGAUUUUGGAGCCUUCAGUGCUUCUCAGAGCAACACAACUGCAGCCAGUAAAGCUGCAGUGAAUAAACCGAACCUCCAGUCAGCAGAUAAAUAUGCAGCUCUUGCUAAUUUAGAUAAUAUCUUCAGCACAGGGCAAGGUGGUAGCGAGCCAGGAAGUGGCUUUGGUGCUGCCCAUACAGUACCAGCUGGUCCCGCUGUGUCAGCCCCAAGCCAGCCAAGUGCAUCUUCAGACAAGUAUGCAGCUCUAGCAGAAUUAGACAGUGUGUUCAGCUCCACAGCAACCUCUAGUAAUGCAUAUACUUCCACCAGUAAUGUUAGCAGUAAUGCUUUUGGAACAGUACCAGUGGGUGUUAAUACACAGACACAGCCUGCGUCAUCAAGCAUUCCUGCACAAUUUGGAGCAACACCAUCCACAAAUCCAUUUGUGGCUGCCCCUGUAGCCGCAGUAGCACCUUCAACGAACCCAUUCCAAACCAAUAGCAGAGCAGCAACAGCAGCAACAUUUGGCACAGCAUCCAUGAGCAUGCCUGCAGGAUUUGGAACAACUGCCUCAUACAGUCUUCCUACUAGCUUUAGUGGUAACUUCCAGCAGCCUGCAUUUCCAGCCCAGGCAGCCUUUCCUCAGGCUGCUUUCACUCAGCAACCAAAUGGAGCCGGCUUUGCUGCAUUUGGACAGGCAAAACCAGUAGUAACCCCAUUUGGGCAAGUUACAGCUGUUGGAGUAUCUAGUAAUCCUUUUAUGGCAGGUGGACCAGCAGGGCAAUUUCCAACAGGAAGCUCAUCAACCAAUCCUUUCUUAUAGCCUUAUAGACACUUUACCUAAAAGAACUCUUAUGUGAUCACACAACAUCUCUGCGCCUCUUGCACUGUUGUCUUGUUUCACUGAUCUUAGCUUUAAACACAAGAGAACUCUUUCAAAAAAAAAAGCCUGCAUUGUGUAUUAAAACCAAGAAACACCAGGUAAUGUGCAAAACAGGGGCCAUGGAAA